AUGCUCAACUUUGGUCUUGGCAACGUGUCAACAGCAGCACAACGCCAGCAACGAAUGCUGAGAACCAUUGGACAAAGCCUCCACACGAUAGAUGCAGCAGGGUCUUCUGAAACAGGAGGCACAACAACACACAACAUAGACCAUGAAGCGCUCCUCACAGCGGUCGUCCUACAAGGGGUUGUCGUCGCCCAGUCAGCAGACGGAGUCCUAGAACCACAUGUCAAAUGCGCCUCAUUUCUCAUGCAGACGUUGGAUCACUUCCACCAGGUACCACAGAGCACGCUUGCACGCAUGGCAGUACAACGAUUCGCCAUGGUAGACGUGAUGCUAGCCAUUUCCAGGCAACGACGACCCUACGCUCCACGCAACUUUGUACUUCAUCAGCCCGAUCCGGAACGAUGGGACAAAACCGAACCCUCUUUCCACAAAAUGACCGGCUGUCCACAGCCACUGAUGUGCUUCUUAGUGCGCAUCUCGCAUCUGGCGUGCGACGUGGAGGAACGGCUGGAACAAGCUGUGUCGUUCAACGAUAUUCUCACACGGGCAUAUCGGCUCGAGAGUGACCUUCGGUCUUGGGGCUCCGGGUUCACGGGGAUGGUUCCAGAAGAACGUGUGCGCCCGCCUCUGGAUAUUCUCACCGAGUGCUUUUACUGGACGGCUCAUCUGUUACUGGCACGUCGCGUGUUUCGCGAUUCGACCCGCAGUCCUCGGGUGCAACAUCUGACGCAUACGUGCUUCGGCCUCAUGGAUCAGUUGUCCACUGGCUGCGGACCAGAUUCGUCUCUGCCUCAGCCGUUCUAUCUUGCGGCUCGAGAGGCUGUUAGUAUGGAAGACCGCGCGUGGGUGCGACAGAAACACGAAUCGAUGACUGAGUACUAUCGAGAACAGCAGCGAAAUAUGGCGAUGCGGCUUACGCAAAGAGUCUGGGAUAUUACCGACGAGGCGGAAUUGACAGAUUCUAUCGCAGUGCAGGCUGGUCCUGCCGUAUCAAAUGGAGAUGAUAAGAUAAGGGCUAUGGACCAGCAGAGUUGUCUGUUCAUUUUCUGA